AUGGUCGACUGCCCCAUCUGUGCCAAAGCCGUCAAGGACGCCCGAAUCAACGAACACAUCGACAGCGGCUGCCAAGACUUUCUUCUUGAAGCAGAACCACAGGGCACGCCGAGUUUGGGAAAGGCCUACAGCUUCUUCACCCCAGGCGCACGCAAACCCCCGGGCGCGACGCAGAAGAAUGGACACCCAACCUCAUCGCCUCCGCCACCGCCAGCAGCCACGCAGCUGGUAGAGCGAUCCAAGACACCGCCUGCCUCGUCCAAACGUCCUUUUGACGAGGCAGCAGAUGCACAGACAAAUGGCGAGCCGCAUUCGCCAUCAGCCCCAAAGCGGGCGCGGAAGCUCAAGGCAGUUGCCGAUGCCAUGCCGCUGGCUGAGCGUAUGAGGCCCAUAUCGUUGGACGAUGUAUAUGGCCAAGAGCUCGUCGGCCCUGGCGGCGUUCUUCGAGGCAUGGUCGAUGAGGGCAGACUGCCAUCAAUGGUGCUCUGGGGACGACCGGGAACGGGCAAGACUACAAUUGCACGCCUAAUCGCCAACAAAUCAGGCUCGCGCUUCGUCGAGAUCAACAGUACAAGCACAAAGCUCGAGGAAGUGCGCAAGAUCUUCACAGAAGCCUUCAGGGAGCUGCAGCUGACGGGUCGAAGGACCAUCGUCUUCUGCGACGAGCUGCAUCGCUUCUCAAAGACACAGCAAGACGCCUUCCUUGGGCCUGUAGAGUCUGGCACAAUAACCCUCAUAGCAGCAACAACCGAGAACCCAUCCUUCAAAGUCAUCUCCGCACUGCUCUCAAGAUGUCGCACCUUUACGCUCGACGACCUCAAAGAAGACCACCUGGUGCGAAUACUAGAACGCGCAAUGGCCUCCGAAAACUACACAUCUCCCAUCCUUGACAAGUCAAUGUUGGAUUACUUCGCCCGCUUCUCGGACGGUGACGCCAGAACAGCCCUCAAUCUUCUCGAACUAGCUAUGAACCUAGCGAAGCAACCUGACAUGACCAAAGAGAAGAUACAACAGAGCCUCACCAAAACCCUGGUAUACGACCGCGCCGGCGACCAACAUUACGAUACCAUAUCCGCACUGCAUAAGUCCAUACGAGGCUCCGAUCCAGACGCCGCGUUAUACUACCUAGCACGUAUGCUAGAAUCUGGCGAGGACCCACGAUACAUAGCCCGCCGCCUCAUCGUCGUCGCAUCCGAAGACGUGGGAUUGGCAGAUAACACCAUGCUAUCCCUCGUGACAGCCACAUAUUCCGCCUGCGAGAAGAUUGGCAUGCCCGAGUGUCGCAUCAACCUCGCCCACGCCGUCACUGCCCUUUCUCUCUCACCCAAAUCGACGCGCGUAUACCGAGGGUUGCACAGUGCCAUGGAUGCGUUGAAGGAGCCAGGAGUCGCCGCCUUGGCCAUACCGCAUCACAUACGCAAUGCGCCGACAAAGUUGAUGAAGGAUAUGGGCUACGGUGAUGGAUACAAAUACAACCCGGACUAUCUAGACGGCAAGGUGAAGCAGGAGUACUUGCCCGAAGCACUGCGAGGCCGUUCGUUCUUAGAAGACACUGAUUUGGGAAGCAAGGUUGAUCCCGAUCUCAUCGAAGACGACGAGUUGAUGCCUGAGAUUGACUGA